AUGCGUGAAAUAGAUCGACGAGCUUUCAACUAUCACUUCAAGUCAAUCGAGCUGUCAAGUCAUGAAGUCACACAAAUUGUGUUGUGUUUUGUGAAGUGUUCUCGUGCUAUUUCUCGUGAUCCUGAUCAAAAACAGGCUUUUUUAAGUGCAUUAGAGGAAAAUGGCAAAGACUGGGAAGCAAUUGCCUCCACAAUAAAUAGGCCUAUUGAGGUUUGCCAGGAAAGCUUCAACAGUUUGAAAAUCAAAUUGAAAAAAGAAGAAGCCAAGUAUAAGAAGGUUGUGAUGGGAACAGGUGGAGGCCCUCCUCCUUCAGAUGAUGACGACCCACUUAAAGCAGUGAGGAAGUUAAUAGAGCCACAAAUGGAUGGACUUUAUAGUAUUUAUGAUGGAGAUUCCACACUCAUGAAGCAAUUUCAAGAGAGUCUUCCUGAAGAAAAACGAAUUGCACCCAUCGAAGAAGACUACUUGAAAAGUCUUGAAAACAUAACUACAUUUGUGGUUGAUUGUAAUACUGUUAUUACUGAGAAUGAUGGUGGUUCUACUCCAAGCACACCAUUGCAAUCUCGAGCUGGAGAUAAGAUGGAGAUAAUACAAAAAAAAGGAACUGUGCUGAUAAACAAGGAUUUAACUGACAAUGACCAUGGCCCUGCUACAAGUGGCAUUAAUACCACACCGUCAUCAAAAUCAGAAGUCAGAGAAAGUUUAAGCAGGAUAGACAUUUUAAGAAAAAGGAAGGCAUCUGCUCUCUUUAACAAAGAAAAUAAUACUGCUGAAGAACUUUCAACUAAGAAAAGUAAGACAGCAAAUGAGAGUUUCAAAAUAUUGGCAGAAGAGAAGUUGGAGCUAGUUAAAUUACAAAAACUGUCGCUAAAAAUGGAAAUAGAGCAUAAACAAAAAAUUUAUGAAAUAGAGUUGGAUAAUUUAAUGAAAAAAAAGGAAUUUAAUGAAGAAAUGUAUAAAAAAGAACUUUUACUUAAGGAUUUAGAAAUAAAAAAGAAACAAUCAGAACUGUAAUAUUUUUGUUUUUAUUUUUUUUUACAAUGAUGCAAAAUAUCCCUCUAUUAGUAGUCUUCGUUGCAAAUUAGCACUUCCUCUUCCAAACCGUUCCGGUGCAACAUCAUCAUCCCUACCUUCCAUAAUAACAGGAAACUCUUGAUCUUCAGGGGGUAUGUUUUCCUUUCGUAAUAUAGCUAAAU